AUGUUUCCCAGUAUCACCAUCGACCCAAGCUGGGAGGUUCUUUCUCGAUCACUCAUCAUCGAGGCCGUCACAGCCCAGCCAUUCGCCUUCCAGUCAGGCUCAUCGAAAUGCUUAAAGCUUAGUGCUGGCUCUGGCCCCAUAGCCAUCCAGUUGAUCAACGUUGCAUUUUCUGGUUUCACCUCCACGGGCCCAGGUUGUUCGGGCGCCAUUUCGGUUUCCGCGCAAUACAAUCUGACCCUGACGCGAUGCCGAUUUACGUCCAAUGGUGGAAACGGUCCCGCCGUGGCGGUUGACUCUGCAACCUAUCUUGGUGUCUUUGACAGUGUCUUUGGGGGCAAUGCCAACUCUGCGAUUCGCGUUAUCGACACGCCCCUCGAAAUUGCCAACUCGAAUUUCACCAACAAUUUCCAAGCCCUUCAAGUCGUCUCCCCCGGAACGACUGGACCCGCUUUCAGCGCAAUAAUUCGUAACUCUGCCUUCCAGUCAAACUAUGGCCUUUCAACCCCGACGAACAAUACUUGCUCACCUACUGCAUGCUCGAGCAUUCUCAUUCAAGCACCCACAAACGUCUCGAUUACCUCGAGCAAAUUUGAUGGCAACCCAGCUGGAAACAUUGCCUACUCGACCACCAGCCCGCUUGUCUUCCAAGAAUCAGACAAUCUGUGCAACGAAGUGUCCCCGAGCCCGUGUGUGACUUGCAACAUGAGCGCUUCCGUUGGAACCUGUGCUGGUUUCCAGGCAUCCGCUGCAUCGGCCUCUGUCGCGACAUCGCUUGCAGAGCGCGCAUCGCAAGCGACUGUUGCAUCGCAGGCAAGUGCUUCGUCUGUAUUUGCAACCUCAGCAGCAUCUGCAGCAUCUGCAGUGUCCCAAGCGGCCGCAUCUGCCCAGGCUGCGUCGCAAGCAUCCGCCGCAGCGUCCGCAUCUCGUCUUGCGGCGUCGCAAGCAUCUGCAUCGCAAGAGUAUGCGUCCUCUGUUGCUCAAGCGUCAGAGUCUCAGGCAUCUGCAUCGCAAGCGCAGGCUGUCUCCAUUUCUUCGGCGGCGGUCAUGUCUGCAGCGCUUGUAUCCCAGUCGGUCGCGUCUGUCGAGUCCGCUUCCGUUGUUUCCCUUGAAUCCGUCUCUAGUGCUUUGGUUGCCUCCAUUGAAUCAGCCUCUGGUGCAUCAGUAGCUGCCUCCGUGGCAUCCGCUUCGGUUGCAUCCGUUUCCGCCGCCUCUGUAGCCGCCCUUGCCGGUCAGCAAAGCAACACGGGCGCCGCAAGCUCCGUACCUGCGAUCGCCGGAGGUGUUGGCGGUGGCUGCUUCCUGGUCGUGUUAGUUGUCGCCAUUUUGCUCGUUCGACGUCGGCGGCAGCUGAAGAGUUCGAAAGGACGAGCAUCGAUUGCUCCCGGACCGGCAAACGAGCACGCCUCGUUCGUUAUGGAGAUACCGACAGUGAGCAAAGGUAGCAACAGCGACUACAACCACUACGACAACGCUGGCAAAGGCAAAAAGACCGCCAGUCCAGAGUCUCACUAUGUGGACCUGGAGCGCCGUGGAGACAGCACCUACGUCACCUUCUACGAAGAGUUCACCCCCGUCGUCGACUCGUUGCGCACAAGCAUCUCCAUGGAGUCUCAGCUCGGCCAGGGCGAGUUUGGCCAAGUCUUCAAAGCGACUGUGCCCAUUGGCCAACUUCCUGCAUCCGCACGCGAAGUGUACUCUGGUCUCAGCAUUGUGCCAAUGGCCAUCAAGCUGCUGAAAACCGACGCAGAUGAAAAGUCGCGUCGCGACUUUGUAUCGGAGGCGCAGCUCGUCUCGUCGUUCAAGCACCCCAACAUUGUGCGCGUUUUGGCUGUGCUGCUCGAGGCAGAGCCAAACAUGAUUCUUCUCGAGUUCAUGCCCUACGGCGACCUCCGAACACUCUUGCAUCGUUCCGUUUCGACUGGCAUUGAAUGGAGUCAGCUCGAGUACACGACAGUGCUAUUCCAGAUUGCGUCCGGCAUGGCCUACCUCUCGUCCAUUCGGUACGUGCACCGCGAUCUCGCUGCGCGCAACUGUCUGGUUGGCGAUGGUCUUUGCGUCAAGAUUGCCGAUUUUGGCCUGUCUCGCGCCCUGGCUGAAGAAAAGGACUACUACAAGGUGCAGACGAAAGGCAAGCUGCCUGCAAAGUGGAUGGCACCUGAAAGCCUUCAUUUCCGCUUCUUUUCAAGCGCUUCGGACGUGUGGUCUUUUGGCAUUGUUUGCUACGAGGUGUACACGUGCGGCAUCUCGCCAUACGGGGACAGGAAGAUUGUCGACAUUCUGGCAGACCUCGAGAAGGGCGAGCGUCUUCCACAACCCGCCAACUGUCCCGAGGAUGCGUACUCGCUCAUGCAAAAGUGCUGGACAUGGGAGGCGACUGCCCGACCGUCCUUUGCCGAUUGCGUUCUCACCUUGCAAGGGAUGCGCACUUCCGGAACCGACGGCAAGGUUCGCGAUCUCGGCCAGUUGGUUGCCGAAGCGAAAGCCCGGCAAUCCAUGAGUGGUCGUCGCCCCACAGUGUCUGCAGUGGCAUCGGAAUAG